UCUGCUUUAUUUUUGACAGUUCUACUCAUAAAUUUUUGCAGUAAUAUCCGUAAGAAAUGUCAUAAAUUAUUAUAAAAAACAGAAUUGACCUUUGAACCGUUAUAGAUAAUAGCUUUAAAAAGUAAAUAGUUCGUUUUAAAUUGCAGCUGUAAUUGUUUUCCAACAAUUAAAUUGUGCAAUUUCAUCCUGUGAAUUUAAUGUGUGUAAAAAAUGAAUCAACAACGACCAAAUAUAAUUAAUUCGAAUAAUUUAAGAAAUUCUACCUCCAUUUUAGCAAGUGGCUCCGGUCCCCAAAUUGUUGGAUCAGGUGUUCCAAAUACAAUUCCACCGCCUCUACCUCCCCGCCGGUCAGUGUCAUCGUAUCAAAAUUAUAAUAAUUAUCCAGGAUUAGGCAAUUAUUUUGGAAAUUAUGGAAUGGGGAGUAGUUUAAAUUACAGUGGAUAUGGAGGUUAUGGUGGCUAUGGAUCCUAUGGGAUGCAUAAUGGAAGAUAUGGGAGUUAUGGAUAUUCUCCAUACGGUAAUGGACAGUUUGGAGGACCCAGUGGUGACGUUGAAAACAGGUUUGUACAAUAUGCGGAAGAAAGCACAAGGCCUGCUUUUCAAUCAAUAGAGACUAUGGUUCACACUUUUUCAUCCGUUACAAUGAUGUUGGAAUCGACAUUUUUUGCGAUGACCAGCUCCUUUAGAGCAAUCUUGGGCGUUGCUGAAAACAUGGGUAGAUUACGAUUAAUAUUUGGACAGUUUUUGAACAGUUUUGCAUUAGUGAGGAUUCUGAAGUGGUUGUACUGGAAAACACGACACUUGCUCGGUUUGAGGGGCCAUGACCCCAGCAGUGAAUCAGCUUGGCAACAAACUGUAUCCGAAGUAAUGAAUGAGACCGUUUCUCAAAAUGGUCCUUCUACUUGGCCAAUUUUCAUGUUCCUAAGUUUACUAGUCGCAGCUCCUUAUAUGGUUCAUAAAUUAGUCAAUAAUGUUAAGAGUACAAGUAUCGAAGAAAAUAAUCCGAAAGAUUGGGUAAAAUAUAACGAACCCAUUUAUAUAGCAACAACUUUAUAUGAUUUUGUCGCUGCAUCGAAUGAUGAAUUAAGUUUCAAGACUGGACAAAAACUCUGGCUUGCUCCACAAUCUCUACAUCCAAAAGCUUUACCAGGAUGGUGGAAGGCAACUGACAGUAUCAACGUCGGUUUAAUUCCUUCGUCGUAUGUAACGAUAGUAGGACAAUUGAAAAAGAAAACAGAAACAAAUUCCAACAUAAAUCAAUCUAUACCCGAAGAAAAUUCGACAAAUUCAAAAGUUACUUCCAAAGAAACAAAUUUUAAGUACAAUCUCGAAGAAGCAUAUAAAGAAAGAUCCAGUAAUAAAGAAUGUCAAGAUACCAAUGACGAGAUUUUCUAACAAUAAUUAAAUGGCAAAGAAUUUGUAAAUACACCAAUGUUUAGAUUACUGAAGAACGAAUAGGCCAACAAAAGC